CACAUCUUCAGAUGUCAGAGCUUCAAGCCACUCCGCCUCUCGGAAGCAGGUUUACUUAGGAUUGCCAGUACCACCUUCAAACCUACAUCCAACAACUCGAUAUCGGCAGACCAACGACAGCCAGUCCACGAACAACGACCACAACAACGAGAGGUCCUGACCACGCUUUAUUUGAGAGAGCCCGAGACCAGACACGCGAGAGAGAAGGGGAGAAGAAAAGAGAAAAAAAGAAGAAUAAAAGAGCAGUCUGUCGCACGACAGCAUCACGCAAAAAUGGUCGAUCUGCCUUACGCCCUCGACGCGGAAACGCCCCUCAAGGCAUCUGAGCUCCAGGUCCUCCGCGCCCAGUAUGAAAAGGAAGGCGACAUGGUCGGUGUCCAGACAAAGUUCAACUACGCAUGGGGCCUCGUCAAGUCCGACUCCCGCAACGACCAGCAGCUCGGCGUCCGCCUGCUCUCCGAGAUCUUCCGCGUCUCUCCCGAGCGCCGCCGCGAGUGCCUCUACUACCUCGCCCUCGGCAACUACAAGCUCGGCAACUACGCCGAGGCCCGCCGCUACAACGACCUCCUCCUCGACAAGGAGCCCGCUAACCUGCAGGCCUCGAACCUGCGCCAGCUCGUCGACGACAAGGUCGCCAAGGAGGGCCUUAUGGGAGUCGCCAUCAUCAGCGGCGUAGCCGUCGCCGCCGGCGUCGUCGGCGCCUUCCUCAUGAGGAACGUCAAGAGGAGAUAAAUCUUUUUCAGCACCCUCUAAAGGGAGAGAGAGAGAGAGAGAGAGAGAGAGAGAGAGAGAGAGGAAGGGAGUGUGUGUGUUUGUGGGGGAGAAAUAGGGACAUGUGGUGUAAAGGAACAAAAAGGAAACGGCGGCGCGAGAGAAUGUUCGAUACAACCUCUCCCCCCCUUCCCUCCUUCAGUUUCUCUCCUUCGGUAAUGUGUAUUUGUAUGGACAUGAAAACGGCUUCUUUUUCUUCUUCAGUGUAGCAGGCGUAUACGCAACUCGGCUCCGCCUUACCGUCUCCUCGGGGGGCAUCUCAUCACAGAAUCUCAUACCUAAUCUCGAACGCUUUGCUGCGAGACUGCCGGUCAACUAUCCCUCGAUCGAGACUUGAGAGCGGCCUUUAUCUACCGCAAGACCAAUCAAGCCUAUGUCGUCCACCGGUCUCGUGGUCGUGCUCGGCUCGGGAAUAUGGGACGUGGGCAUAGAUCCGCCCUUUUGCUGUGUUAACCCAGAUACGGAUAGUAGGAU